CAAAUUUGGUAUGUUUUUUGUGUUUUUGUGUAAUAUAUGGGUUGUUAUUUUUAAAUACAUGGGUUGUUAUCUCGUUGUCCAAAUUUUAAUUUUUAGCGCCGCAGGUGAAAAUUUGAGAAUUUUAGAAGGUCGAAAAAUUCACUUUUUUGCCCACCCCUCCUUAAAUUUCUUCCUUUUCCCCAUUUCGGGGGGGGGGGUGGGGUUGGGAGGGGUGGGGAUUCCCUCGCCUACCCCCUGGCUACAGGCCUGGUUUUUACUCCUUUUCUGUUGCAUUUUGUAAUUUUUUUAUUAUUUUUUAAAAUUAAUUUUAGGUUGAAACAUUCGAUGAACUUCUUGCUUGGCGUGCUGAA